AGUUGCUACCAUCCUUCCUAUAAUCCUAUUGGCAACUUCAUUUGUUUUGCUGAGACAAUAACUUCUGUUUUAGUGAAGCCGUUGACCACCUUCAAUCUCUUGGUUGACCUGACAAUCAGAUCACUAGAGUAUGGCAGAUCUGUUCAGUGGAGGUGCCGUUGGAGCGGUUAUGGGAGAGCUUCUUCGAGCAGCAAUUGAAACCAUAAACAAAGGUCGAGAGUUCAAGCCAACACUUGAAACCAACAUACAAACCUUGAACGCCAUAGCACCACUGGUUGAUGAGAUGAUGGAAUACAACGACAAGUUAGAUCGACCAAGACAAGAGAUCCAGAGGCUUCAGAGUCGCGUACGUCAAGGACAAGACCUUGCACGAAAGUGCUCCAGAAAGUUAAGUCGCCGGAAGUUUCUUUCAUUCCCUUACUACCAGGGGAAGCUCAAGUCCGAGGACCAGUCACUUCAAAGGCACUUGUCCUUUGAUGUUCAGGUUCAGAAUGCGAGGAACUUGAUGGAGGUUCUUUUGAAGGUUGACGAGAUUUUGAACAUUCUUGCAAAACAAGAUUUUGCCAAGUUCAGUGGGAGCCAGAUACAGGGUUUGAGUGGUGCUCCUGAAGAACCCAAGUGUAUGGGGAUGGAUGAGCAUUUGAGCAGGUUGAGGGUUGAGCUUCUCAAGGAUGAUGUCAGUGUUCUUGUUUUGACUGGUCUGGGAGGUUCUGGAAAGAGCACUCUUGCUAAAAAGCUCUGCUGGGACCCACAUGUUAAAGGCAAGUUCGGGGGGAAUAUCUUCUUUGUGACCUUCUCAGAAACACCAAACUUGAAGAACAUUGUGAGGACACUAUUUGAGCACUGCGGAUGUAAGGUGCCCGAGUUUCAGAGUGAUGAAGACGCCAUCAACAAAUUGGGAAUUUUGUUAAGGCUUGUUGGGAGAAGCCCAAUACUAUUAGUCCUGGAUGAUGUUUGGCAGAGCUCAGAGGCACUUGUUGACAAGUUCAGAUUUCAGAUACCAGAUUAUAAGAUUUUGGUGACUUCAAGGGUUGCUUUUCAAAGAUUUGGCACCCCAUGGCCGUUGGAACCCCUUGAUCAUGAUGAUGCAGUGUCCCUUUUCCGUCACUCGGCUCAACUUAAUAGUAAAUGCUCCUACAUGCCAGAUGAUAAUCUUGUCAAUGAGAUAGUGAAAGGUUGUAAGGGUUCACCAUUGGCACUUGAAGUGAUUGGUGGAUCACUGUGUCAGCAGCCUUUUGAGGUGUGGCAAGAUAUGAAAGAAUGGUUAGAAAAGCAGUCGAUUUUGGAGUCGGGUAAUACAGAUUUGCUUUCGCGGCUCCAACAAAGUUUAGAUAUGUUGGAAGAUAAGUUCUCAGUUAGUGAGAAGGAGUGCUUCAUGGAUCUAGGCCUAUUUCCUGAAGACCAAAGGAUCCCUGUUGCAAUCCUGAUUGAUAUGUGGGCAGAACUGCAUAAAUUUGAUGACAACGGAAGGAAAGCAAUGACCAUCAUCCAUGAUUUAACCACCAGGAACUUGAUUAAGCUCAUAGUAACAAAGAAAGUUGCAAAGGAUACAGACAUGUACUACAAUAACCACUUUGUCUUGCUACAUGAUCUCCUCAGAAAGCUGGCAAUCCAUCAGAGCGAGCAGGAACAAAUUGAACAGAGAAAGAAACUAAUAAUUGAGCUAAAUGGAGAUGAUCAUCCUGAAUGGUGGGUAAGGCAAAACCAGCAAGGAAUAUUCAGCCGCCUUUUGUCACUGUCAUUCUUACCUGGAAGAUUGAUAGAACAAAAGCAGCUAAAGGUUGCUGCCAGAGUAUUGUCUAUAUCAACUGAUGAGAAUUUUGCUUCGGAUUGGUGCGACAUGACAGCUGAUGAAGCCGAGGUUAUAGUCUUAAACAUUCGAUCUAGCCAGUACAGCCUGCCACAGUUCAUGGAGAAAAUGAACAAACUUAAAGUUCUAAUAGUCACAAAUUACGGCUUCCAUCUUUCUGGACUAAAAGAUUUUGAGAUACUGAGUGCUUUGUCUAACUUGAGAAGAAUCAGAUUGGAGAAAGUUUCAGUUCCUUCUUUAUGCAUACUGAAGAGUCUGCAAAAACUAUCGCUUCAUAUGUGCAACACAAGCCAGGCUUUUGGGAACAGUUCUAUCCCAAUCUCAGAAUCCAUGCCAAAUCUAGUGGAGUUGAGCAUUGACUAUUGCAAAGAUCUGGAGAAAUUGCCAGAGGGGGUAUGCAACAUUACCCCACUAAAGAAGCUUAGCAUCACCAACUGUCACAAGCUUUCAGCACUUCCUAAAGACACAGCAAAGCUGAAGAAUUUGGAAGUGCUAAGGCUAAGUUCAUGCACCGAUUUGGAAGAGAUGCCAGAUGGGAUUGGACGACUGUGUAACCUGCGCUGUCUCGACAUAUCUGACUGUGUAAGUCUAUCCAAAUUGCCAGAGGACAUUGGAGAUCUGCAGAAUCUUGAGAAACUCUACAUGAAGGGUUGUUCAGGGUUAAGUGAGGUGCCAUACUCAGUCAUGAACUUUGAGAAUGCAAAACAUCAAAUAUUUGUGUUAUGUGAUGAGGAGAGGGCUCAAUUAUGGGAAAAUGUCCCCUCAACUCCCAAUUUGAAGAUAGAGACAGCUAAAGUAGACAUCAGCUUAAAUUGGCUUCAUGGAGUUCGUUGCUGACACACUAUUUUAGUUGGUACUAUCUUGAAUCUUGUCAAAAUAUGAAACUCUAUUCUUUGACCCUUCUAGUCCACCUGUAAAUUAAGAGUGAAUUCAAAAUAAUAAGUAUUGUAACUUUUUUUUUUCUUAUUAUUUACGUAAUCAAUAAUCACCGUAAAGGAAUGUUAUUAUUUGGUCGAAUAUAUG